AUGUUUAAAAUAGUAAACGAAUCUGCCACCUUACAAUGUGAAAAAGACGGCCGUGGGAUAUGUGAUGUUGUGGGUGUCCAUCGCACCCAACUAAAUAUAGCAACUUCUCUACUAAGGUUUGUUCUCCGCUAUCUAGUAUGGGAGCUCGUGUCUCACAUUGCUCAGGAAUUUAAUCCGCAGGACUUAUUCAACUUUUUUUUAUCGUGUCGAACCCUGUAA